UUGUUAUCAGAACAACAAUUUGUGGAAAUAAAUAAUAAUUCAAAUCCAGAUAAUUUAUUAAUUAAUAAAAAUGAAAAGAAUAUUUUGAAUAAGCAAAAGGAGGAGGUUUUUGUAGAUGAAAAAGAAGAAGAAAUAGGAGAGGAGGAUGCGGAGGAAGGAGGAUUACUUUAUGGGCAAUUACCUGAACUUUGCCUUCUACCAGAGGAAAGAGGAAAAUGUUUUGGAGAAAUGCUUCGUUUUCGUUAUGAUAUAGAUAAAAAUGAUUGUGUCGGGUUUUUCUAUACUGGAUGUGCACAAAAUGUUAACAAUUUCCUUUCAUACGAAUCUUGUCUGCGUGCAUGUGGAGAUUGGAAAAAUAAAAAUAUUUGUGAAUUAGAAUAUGAUGGAGGAAGUAAAGAAUGUGAAAAUGAAAAUAAAGGAAAUAAUUUUGGAUUAAUUAAAAUACAAAAAUGGUAUUAUGUUCCGAGUGAAAGAAAAUGCAAACUUUUUAUGUGGAAUGGAUGUGGAGGGAAUGGAAAUAGAUUUCAAAGGUUUGGGAAUAAAAUAGAUGAAACACAAAUAUUUAUUGUUGUUAAAUAA